AUGUUUACAGUAACUUGCCCCGAAUCCUGGCUAGAAGUUGAAGGUCAGUGCUACAGGUUCUUCCAGGAAACGAUAGUUGACCCAGCUGCUAUGUGCUCGUCCAUUGGUGGACAUCUCGCCGUGUACGAGACCCAAGACGAGGCUGAAAACCUGCUGGCGGUCAUACAGGACACACCCAUGUUGGCUGGCGUGAGUAGUUGGAUAUUUGGACUAUUUCAACACCGGAACAUGUCGUCCAAACUUCGCUACAACAACGGAGCCUACGUCAAUGACAGCCUGCGACUAGAGCUUGACAACUAUGUGACCAACUGCUUCGCCCAUGCCAAAAACGAUUCUAAAAUAAUCAGCGGAGUCGCGUGUGGAAAGGCGUCCUACAUUUGUGAGAGGGAUGCUGGCUACAAGGGCUGUUACAACAUCACCAGUGAAGUUCAGAUAACUCUGGCCAACUACCAAGACCUCACCCUGACCCAGUGUUUUGAGACCUGCAAAGGGGCAGGCAAGACUUUGGCUGGUGUAGUUGGGAUGACUGCCUGUUACUGUAUUGGUAAUGAAACCAUUGUAAAGGCGGGGGCUGAUUCCUUGUGCAACAGAACCUGCGGCUUCCAUCAGAACUGUGGCGCCCUCAAGGAUUACAUGUCUGUUUAUAAACUAGAUUACAAAAGAAAUGCUUCCACUUGUGAAGAGCUAUUUAAUCAAGGGGUGCUACUCUCUGGACUCUACACUUUAGGGAGUGGCCUCAGCACUUGGUGUGGCAUGAAAGAUUCUCUCUACUUGAGGCAGCAAUUUGAACUCUGGCAUAACAACGCCCCCAGCGCAAUCAACUUCUCAGAUUACUCUUGGAACAGAGUUGGUGUAGAGGAUAGCGUCUUUGCUGUUGAUACUGUUAAGAAUUCACAGGCCAGCACUUUAUGGCAGCGGUGUAAUGGUCUGUUUCAACCUUCAAGUAUUGUGGCAACUCUCAGGGCUGCUAGUGCAAGGGAGUUAAUCACUGAUGUCUUAAAAUUUUGUUCUUGGGUGGGAGGCGGCUGUGGGAGGAGGCUGUGGGAGGAGCCUGUGGCAGGCUGUGGGAGGAGGCUGGGGGAGGAGGCUGGGGGAGGAGGCUGUGGGAGGAGGCUGUGGAACCUGGACUAUCCUGUAAGUGUGCCGGCGUAUAUUGGACUGAUGGACCAGUUUUAUAUGGGGCUCUACACCUGGUCAGAUGGGAGUCUGUUUCAUUUAUCAGAUGUCAAUGUGACUGAAGUUCCAGCAACUGUCUUCUCCACUGCCAGUUUGUCCAUCUAUGUCCAAAUCACUGCCAAUGGAAGUUUUAAAGGCCAAAAUGGAAUAAUCUUAGAACAUGCAGUCUGCCAGAGAGAUACAUCUUACUUGGGUUGUCUGAAAACCUUGACCUUGUUAGCUGACAGUGUUUACACGUUGAAGGACUACUCCUCCAUGAGUAUGACCUUGUGCAGACAGCUGUGUCAGGCAAAACCAAUGAGCCACUUGUUCAUCUCCGCCACUGACUGCAUAUGCUAUGACCCACAAUCCUCUCCUGAUGUAAUGUCCCUGUUUGUAAAUUCAAGUGAUGCCCUGUGUGAUGUCCCUUGUCCUGGCAACAAGCUCCAGAAAUGUGGCGGUGUCGGAUACUUCAGACAUCACACUUUUGAGCAAGACAUAGCAGAGACCUGUCAGGUGCUAUACGACAACUUUGUCACCAUACCUGCCACCUACAAGAUUAAUGGAUCUGAUGAACAUUGUGGGAUUGACGAUUUGUCAGUGAAGUGUCCUCCUGGCUUUAUAGCCAAAGAAAGAAAAUGUUAUCGCUUCUACAGACAGAGUGACAAAAAUGUCAACACAGCCACACAGGUGUGUCAGGCUCAGGGCUCCUACCUGGCUUCACCUGCCAAUCAAACUGAGCUCAACAACCUGUUGUCACUUCUCCAGUCCUUCUCAUCAUUUCGUACAGCUGAGCUAUGGAUGGUGGGAUAUUUUAGUACUUUCCUAAAUGGAAAAUUUGCAACUGCCCUGGGACAAAUGAUUUCUGUGGAUGAUCCGAUCAUUGCCAAUCUAAAUUUAGCCAGCAAGAACAUCAUGUUGAACAUCACUUCAGGCACUUUGGUUGGUUCUUCUGCUACCCCAAACCUGCCAUUUAUUUGUGAAUACAGUCAAGGUAAUUUUAAAAUUAUGUGGGUUUAUGCUACCACAAACCUGCCAUUUAUUUGUGAAUACAGUCAAGAUGUGAGUGGAUGUGGGACAGUCAGCAGCACGUCAGGCAUGUCCUAUCUGAACCUGACCUCUGGCAUGAGUGUCCAGCAAUGUGUCUCCUACUGCCUGGGGUUGAACCAAAACAGAAGCUACGCGCUGGUCAGAGUUGGCGACUGUUUUUGUGCUGACAAGCUGCAGGUCCAAAUUUUAAGCAACCGGGCUCUGUGCAGCAGGCCCUGCUCUGGGCAGUUCAUGCAGCUGUGUGGGUCGACCUUAUCAAACACGUACUCCGUGUAUGAUCUCAGGCAGUAUCAACCUGAACACACCCAGCACAGUUGUGAUGACCUCUUGGGCUAUGGAGUUGUGCAGCCUGCGACUUAUCUGGUGGCUGACUCGCAAUAUGUCACGUGUUUUAAGUACAGUUUGAAAAGUGACCUUAUCCUAACUGGCGCCUCAGCGGCAGACAUUCUCACAUCAGCUGGUGUGAGCUCAGCACUUUCUGCCCUAAUGAAUCUCAAGAAGUUGACCUAUGGUGGCUGGUUAGGAACAAACACAAGUAAUGUGUUUAUACAGUUUACCUUGCUUGACUACUUUGUUGUUGAAGGCUUGGUAAUCAGAGAGUAA